AUGCCUGUAAAUCCUCAGAAGCAGCUUCGGAGGCUCCCACACGUUUUUAGCCAAGUUCUCGAGCUUCCUCUCGGAUCAUACGCCGAUGUUUCAAUCGAAGAUAAAUCCGAUUGUUACAGGUUUACAGCGAACAUUGAUGACAACGCCUUUUCCGGUAAGGUAAAGGCUCAUGCCGUGAAGAUUCACCCGGAGGUGACGAAAGUUGUUGUCAGGGGAGGAAAUGGAUUUGGAGAGGUGGAGUUGUUGUUGGAUAAAUUAGAGGUUGAUGGGUGGAGAUUUCGGCUUCCGGCGAUUACACGGCCGGAGUUGGCGACGGCGGUUGUUGUAGGACCUGAGCUUAUUGUUAUAGUGCCGAAGGGAAGCCGGAGCAGCCGACGGCAACCUUCAAGAUCAUGGUGGUAG